AUGUUUAUAAAAUAUUUAGUUUCGUUUGUGCUUUUCUUUGCGAUUGGAUUGGAAGGAAAGUUAAAGAAGGCCUCACCUCCGCACUGUACUCAAGUUACUAAAGAUACCGAUUACGCAUCCCGCUAUAAAAUGGAUUACCCAGUCGUCUAUAUCAUCCCGGGUCAGCGGGAAGCUUAUCAACAACUAUUCUGCAUCAAUCCAGCAGCAGUUAAUAAAGCUGUGACGGUGGUUUGCGACUGGGCUGCUCCUCCACAAGUGCAGUUCACACUUGGCGAUGAGUACAUGCACGUAGUACGACAAGACCCCACGGGUCGUUAUGUUGGAAACGCUGUUAUUAAGACUUAUCAAUUCUGCAACCAUACCAUACCUCCCCACGCAGAAGAAUCGGAUAAUGUUGUUGUUACAGAGAUGUAG